UAUAAAUAAAUGAAUGAGUUCAUUGAGGGGUGUGGCAACAAGUAUAUGUGAUGAUCAAAGUAAAUAUGAUGUUAUUGUCAUUGGAGGAGGUCAUGCAGGAACAGAAGCAUGUGCUGCAGCUGCACGCAUGGGUGCAAGAACAUUGCUUGUUACCCACAAAAAAAGCACAGUUGGCGAGAUGUCAUGUAAUCCCUCAUUUGGAGGAAUUGGAAAAGGACAUCUUAUGAGAGAAAUAGAUGCUCUUGAUGGUGUGUGUGGACGUAUCUGUGAUAUGUCAGGAGUGCACUAUAAAAUAUUAAAUAAGAGGAAAGGUCCAGCUGUGUGGGGUCUCAGAGCACAAAUAGACAGGAGCCUUUACAAGAAACACUUACAAACUGAACUUUUUAAUACUCCUGGUCUGCAAAUUCAUGAAGCAGCAGUGGAAGACCUUUUGUUAAAUGAUUAUUAUGACAAGUGCUGUGGAAUUAUAUUGAAGGAUGGUACAAAAAUUUACAGCGAUUCAGUUGUUAUUACAACUGGAACGUUCUUAAAAGGACAAAUAAACAUUGGCCUAGAAAUCAGACCAGCAGGAAGAUUGGAUGAUGAGCCAAGUAUAGGAUUAGCGAAUACACUUGAACGUUUAGGCUUCAGAAUGGGGAGAUUAAAAACUGGUACACCACCACGGCUCGAAAAAGCAUCAUUAGACUUUUCAAAAUGUAUCAGACAAUCAGCAGAUGAAAUCCCUGAACCAUUUUCUUUCAUGAACGACUCUGUGUGGAUAGAUCCAAAGAAACAAGUGUAUUGUCACUUGACUCAUACUAAUGAACAAGUGGCAAAAAUAGUUAGAGAUAAUAUGCAUUGCAAUAGACACGUGACUGAAGAAAUUACAGGUCCCAGGUACUGUCCAAGCAUAGAAAGUAAAAUAUUAAAGUUUUCGAAGAUAGUUCAUCAAAUAUGGCUGGAACCAGAAGGUAUUGACUCUCCUCUAAUAUAUCCUCAAGGAUUAUCUUGCACAUUGCCUGCAGAAAAACAGGAGGAGCUCAUUCAUUGUAUUCCCGGAUUAGAAAAUGCCAAAAUGGUAAGACCUGGUUACGGAGUUGAAUACGACUACAUUGAUUCCAAAGAGUUAACUUCAGCAUUAGAAACUAAAAAAAUUAAUGGACUUUUCCUAGCUGGUCAAAUUAAUGGUACUACUGGUUACGAAGAGGCCGCUGCUCAAGGUAUCGUGGCUGGUAUCAACGCCGCUGCUAAGGCUCUACACAGACCACCUCUUACCAUGAGUCGAACGGAGGGUUACAUAGGAGUCCUCAUUGACGACUUGACGACGAAUGGUACAACAGAGCCUUACAGAAUGUUCACAUCGAGAGCCGAGUUCCGAGUGAGUUUGCGUCCCGACAAUGCCGACGAGCGGCUAACUCGAAAAGGCUACGAGAUCGGCUGCGUGUCCGAGGAAAGGUGGAGAAGAACCGAAAGCAUGUUGCAAUUGCUUUACGAGACUAUUGGCAUAAUGAAGGAAAAAAAGAUGUCGUAUUGCGAUUGGCAGAGACUUAUGAAAAUGCGAGACCACAAGAGAAAUGAUCCGCGUUCGGCGUUUAAUUUGAUGCGCGACGAGAACAUUAGUUUCGAUGAAAUAGCAACUCACAUUCCAGAACUCGGACACUUGCGAGGAAAUCAUAAAUUGGGUCAGAGAAUAUUCAUCGAAUCUUCGUAUGAUCACGCCGUUGAAGAACAGAAACGAGAAGUCGAGGAGAUAAGAAAAAACGAAAAUCUACUGCUACCUCUAGACAUCGACUACAAAAGCUCACUUUUGAAUCUCAGUAUCGAAGAUCGAGAAAAACUAUCGGCAGUAAAGCCUCAGACGAUUGCGGCAGCCUAUAACAUACCCGGAGUAAAACCAUCCGCCGUCCUGCAACUGUACUAUUUUGUGAAAAGAAGCGAACAGCAACUUACUUUUGCAAAUUGUUAA